AUGAAUGACAACAAUGAAUCUGUAAUUGACUUAACAGACUCUUACUGCCUGGCAAAUCACAAUUCCUUGUCUGAUGUUGUAAUAGUACUUGAUGACACCGACGAAUCAUUUGAUGUUUCCAGUGAUACGAACAAAAGGCGAAGUAAAAGGAUAUCACAAAAAACACCAACUAAACCUAGGCCAAAAAAGACUAAAGAUUCAUUUUUGCCGCAGACACCUGUGGCUAAAAUUGGAGAAUGUCCUAUAUGUUGUGAAAGAUUAGGAAAGAAGCCUGUUUCAUCGACAAAUUGUGGUCACAUAUUUUGCUUACCCUGUCUUGAAAAAGCGUUACGCCAUGACAGCAGAUGUCCACAAUGCAGAAAAACUUUAAAAGGCUCUUCUAAAUAUCAUAGGUUAUACUUACCUCUGGAAACUGAUUGA